CAAACCCAAGCGAGCCACUGAUUGGUUAGCGCUGCCGAAGGGUUACAAUUCAAACGCGGGCGGGCGGGCCCGCAGCACUGCAGUUGCAACUGUGAGUUCCGCAGUACCGCUUAUCUCCGUCUCAUCGCCGCCCGGAUGGCUUCCCAGAAUCGCGACCCAGCCUCCGCCAGCGUCGCCGCCGCCCGUAAAGGAGCCGAGCCCAGCGGGGGUGCCGCCCGGGGCCCCGUGGGCAAGAGGCUGCAACAGGAGCUGAUGACUCUCAUGAUGUCUGGCGAUAAAGGAAUUUCUGCCUUCCCUGAGUCGGACAACCUCUUCAAAUGGGUGGGGACCAUCCAUGGAGCCGCUGGCACAGUAUAUGAAGACCUGAGGUAUAAACUGUCCCUGGAGUUCCCCAGUGGCUACCCUUACAACGCGCCCACGGUGAAGUUCCUCACACCCUGCUAUCAUCCCAAUGUGGACACCCAGGGUAACAUCUGCCUGGACAUCCUGAAAGACAAGUGGUCCGCCCUGUAUGAUGUCAGGACCAUCCUGCUCUCCAUCCAGAGUCUGCUCGGAGAGCCCAACAUUGAUAGCCCUUUGAACACACAUGCCGCCGAGCUCUGGAAAAACCCCACAGCCUUUAAGAAGUACCUGCAAGAAACCUACUCAAAGCAAGUCUCCAGCCAAGACCCCUGACCUGGGAUGUCCAGCUCUCCUUGUGUUGUCUUUUUUUUCUUUUUUUUCCUUAGGCGGUCUGUCCAUGCCUCGAUUUCUGUACAGGACUCUGUCUUAUCUGUGGUGUCAUUUUUGUUUUGUUUCUGUUUUUUAAAUUAAGUGUGGUUAAACCCUUGUGAUGAAUAUAUUAAAUAAAUACAUUUUGGGGUUUUUAUAGCAA